AUGCGCGGUGGCUUGGUGAGCGUCAGCCGGUCUCGAGCUCCGCCUUUACACCAACGAGUCUCAAUCAAAGAUUGUAGCGUCACGACUCAUGUCAAUAUUUAUGCUUUGCCACCAGAAGAACGCACAUUGAGCUUGAUCGAACAAUACUUUCGAAAGACGGGCCAGCUGCUGCCCUUCAUUCACGAAAUGUCGUUUUGUGAGACAUAUCUUUGUAUGCGGCGAGAGGGGUUCAGCAAAAUCAGCCGAACAUGGCUUGGGCUGUUGAACAUAAUUCUCGCAAUUUCUACAAGCUUAUCGACGAAUGAUGAAAUAUCGCCGGAGGAACGCAUUCAAGAAUCCGAUAUAUACUAUCAGAGAGCUAAUGGCCUCUGUGACAGAGACUCCAGGCGUAAUGCAAGUCUUGAGAUGGUGCAAUAUCUUUUGAUACUGGGACAAUACCUCCAAGGAACCCAAAAGUCAACACAGGCGUGGACCACCCAUGGCCUGGCUAUCUCUGCCGCUUAUCAGCUAGGUCUACAUUCCCCAAGUGCCAAUAUGAAAUAUUCGUCUCUGGAACAUGAAAUUCGCAAGCGGACUUGGUAUGGUUGUGUUCUACUAGACCGGUACGUUUCCCUAGUUCUCAGUAUGGUCAUGCUUGGUGUAUUUAUGUCGGGUUAG